GCCCGGCCCCCGGGCCUGCAGUGGGGGUGGGGGGUGUGCCUCGGGACACGCCUUCUCCCGGGGAGAACAAAACCCAGCCCCCAGCGGAGCCCAGCCCGGGAGCGCAGCGCCGAGCGCAGAGCUAAGGAGAGCCCAGCCCAGCAGCAGGAUGCCGAACUGGGGUGGAGGGAAGAAAUGCGGCGUGUGCCAGAAGGCCGUGUACUUCGCCGAGGAGGUGCAGUGCGAAGGCAACAGCUUCCACAAGUCCUGCUUCUUGUGCCUGGUCUGUAAAAAGAACCUGGACAGCACCACCGUGGCUGUGCACGGGGAAGAGAUCUAUUGCAAGUCCUGCUACGGCAAGAAGUAUGGCCCCAAAGGCUAUGGCUAUGGGCAGGGAGCAGGGACCCUGAGCACCGACAAGGGAGAGUCGCUGGGAAUCAAAUCAGAAGAGAGCCAGCCCCACCAGCCCACCAACAACCCCAAUGCCUCCAAGUUGGCCCAGAAGGUGGGUGGUGCUGAUGGCUGCCCCCGCUGCGGGCAGGCCGUGUAUGCUGCUGAGAAGGUGAUUGGCGCUGGGAAGUCGUGGCACAAGGCCUGUUUCCGGUGCGCCAAGUGCGGCAAAGGCCUGGAAUCCACCACGCUGGCUGACAAAGACGGGGAGAUCUACUGCAAAGGAUGCUACGCUAAGAACUUUGGGCCCAAGGGGUUUGGCUUCGGGCAGGGAGCCGGCGCGCUCAUCCACUCCGAGUGAGCCAUCAGGAUUGGCUCCUCCGCCUCUUCCCUGCAGCGCCGAGCGCUUCGCCAAUACCAGGCUCGUCCAGACUGACCUUCAAACGUGGAUCAAGGCAGCCCGGUCCUUCCCCCAUUUCCUGCCAGUGCUUCUGUCAAUAAACUCCUGCUUAUUCUAACUAGUCCAACACCCACUUGCUUGCUGGUUUCCUGACCCAAAGCUCACCAAACUAAUCGGGAAUCUUCCUGUUGACAGCCGUGGGCCUUGACUCAGGAGCGAACAGCCCUAGCGUAGGCCAAAUGGCCUUGACGCCCUCACACGCUUGUGCAGAGAACUUUCCACGCAGCUGGGGAGCGUCACUUUGUAGGUAAUAGGCUCACCUGUGAAACCUGGGUGCUCUGAGGCUCUGAAAGCAGCCAGCCACUGGGACGUCAGAGGAGUGUAACAAGCCUUAUUCGAUCGUUCCUAGAUGUAAAAAAAUCAAAGCUGGCAAAUGAUUGGGGCUUGUGGGUGGGUUAUUGUUUGUCUGGAGACAGAGGGAGACAGAGAUCCAGUGACUGAUAUGAGCGAGAGAUACAGACUAGGGAGAGGAGAAUAUUUUUUAAAUUGUGUAUUGUAUUAAAAAUACUAAUUGGAGGGACAGUCCAUAUAAAUCACCGGCCAGCUCCUCAGUGGUGUACAUCGGCCCAGCUCCAUUGACUUCACUGCAGCGAUGUGAAGUUACACCCUGGUUCUAAAUCUAGUAAACUAGUACGCUUUCAAAAGUGGCCACUGACUCAGAUUGUCUCGGUUCUGGGGGGCCAACAGGGUGCUGAUCUCUUUCAGAACCGCUGCAGCUCCCACUGACUUCAAAAGGGUACUUGGCACAUCUGAAACCCCAGCCCAAAGCUGCCUGUUACGGUGUUCCUAAAAACCGAUGCCCAGCGUCACUGGCUAACUUGGAACCUUUGGCCCAGAUUUCUCUUCCUGCGUUACUAACAGCACCUUAGCCUAUUAACCCGAGAGCGCAGAAACAAUCCAACUUGCUUUUCACUGUUUAUGCCACGGUUUUGUGUUUCUCUCAGCUUGAACAUUGAGGUCAAUUUCAUGCUGGUUUCACAGUUGAUGCUACAGCGUUUGGGUUGCAAACUCUGCUGGAAAAUGUUUGUAUGUUUUAAAAAAUAACAGGGACAGUUUUGCCCUCAGUUUACAGUGCUGUAUGAGCAAACAAACUUUCCCCAGUACAGUUCUCAUUGUGGGGCUUCAGGUGCGGCUUUGCUUUCAUGGGCUCAGAUGCCAUCUAAUCCCUUGAGCAGAAUAGAAAGAUGCAAAAACUGGCCAAGGAAUAAUAGAACUUGGGAUCACACAGAGCAUUCUAUGGGUUUAUACCUAAAACUUCACUAAUUCACUUGGCAUCAUUCCCUCCCUUCAGGGUGUUACCUGAGCAAAGAUCACAGCUUUUAUUUCCCCUGUUUCCUCCUGAAGCAGAGAUGUCUAGGAUUCCACAUAUCUUUUCCACAGUGCAGGAGAAACAUUAUGUUGCAAUAUUUCUACUGUAUAUGCCAUGUACAAGGAUUGCGUUCAACCAAAAUUAUGUAUUCAAUAAAGCUCUGAGAAUGA